ACUGUGCGAGGCUGGCUUCAUCCCCGCCUCGCUCUUCACCAUCACUCGCUGGUAUAAGCGCGGCGAGACAACCAGGCGUUUCUCAGCGUUCUUUAUCGGUAACCUGCUUGCGGGCGCGUGCACGGGGCUUGUCGCGUAUGGAAUCCUGCACAUGAGAGGCAUCGGCGGGCUGGCGGGCUGGCAAUGGCUGUUCCUGGCCUCUUCACCAUUCUUGUCGGCGUCAUUUUCAUCGCUUUCUUCCCUCUGUCCCCGGCCAAUCCCGUCUCCUUACUAGGGAUUCGGUAUUUCAGCGAGCAGGAGGCCCACAUCCUGCAACAGCGCGUCCUCCGUGACGACCCGUCCAAGUUCCAGCCCCGCCGCAGUGUCAGCUGGGCCGAGAUCAAGGCUACCUUCACCAACUGGCGACUGCUCCCGCACUUCUUCACGACGCUCCUGGGCGUCGCGCCGGCCUCAACUAUGGGCUCGUACGCGCCGUCGUUGGUCGUCUCGUUCGGGUACGACCGGCUCAAGUCCAACGCCAUGGUCUCGAUCGGCUCCUGGCUUCUGCUCGUCACCAACCUCGCGUGGGGCUAUAUUGCCGACAAAACCAAGCAGAGAGGUCUGAUGGUGUUCCUGGGCGUGCUCAUCCUGUGGGGGUUGAUGCUCGGCAACCGCCUCCUGGUAGAGUCGACAAACGAGAAGUUGAGAUUCGGUCUCCUCACGGCGGCCAUCGCGUUUCAAGUGCCCUGGCACGCCGUCAACGGCUCGUGGCUCGCCCUCAACGCACGGUCGGCCGGCGAGCGGUCCAUCACGAUGGCGGUCUUCAUCAUGGCAGCGAACUCCUCGGGCAUUAUCGGCAGCCAGAUCUUCCAGGCGCCGGACGCGCCGCUGUACCGCACCGGGUGGACGGUCAUUGUGGUGCUGGUGUCCGUCGCGCUGCUCAUGUCCGUGAUCGCGAACGUGCAGUACCGGCUGCUGAACCGUCUCCAGAAGAGGGAGGGCAAGGCGAGAUAUCAGUACUAAUUUUCGUCUUGAGCGGGCUUCGGUGCUAGGUCACUUGGAUAGAGCAGGAUAGAAUCAUGGACCGUGCG